UCAGGCACGUCUUUUGGACCCCUCUUUGCUCUUUCACAUUCUUCUCACCUCCAGCUCUCCAGAUUGAGCCGAGAAGAGUCAACCUUGGUUUACUUCUCCAUGCGACAAUUUGAAUACUUGCUCCUGGCGGCCUUUAUUAUCUCUAUCGAUUAGUCUUACAGGUUACAGACACAUUCCUUACGUCUCCAACCAUUGAUUGUAAACAAGAUGGCACGCGAGACUAUCACUAUGGAAAACUUUGACGAUUCCACCGGUUCAGAUAUUCCUCCUCGUCCUUCUCGAGAGAAAAGGCGCUCUCACAGCAAACACCGCCGCCACAAGAGCAGGACUAGAGACACAACCUUGGAUAGCCCCGAUCCAACAAAUGAUCCAGGACUUGUGGGCCUUCUCCAAGAUCUCAAUGACGGAGUCCUUACAACCAAGAGCCGCAUGCGUGCCUUUACAACUUUUCUCGACAUCAAAAACGAAUAUCACUCGGAAUUCUUGAAGAAUCUGUGGGGUUAUGUGAACAAGAACCGCUGUUACGACUGGGAGAAGCUACGGCGUGAUGAAAAAGUGCGUAGAGUCUGCGCUACCACGUUCGUUGAUCACUUCGGCCAGAAGUACUGGGGAGAGAAGAGCAGAGCUCGAUAUCUCAUGGAGGGUAGCUUGGAGCGGCCGGAGAACUUGUGCGUGUAUCCGCAGCGCAAGGAGGUGAUGAUCCGUGCUGUGACUCUGCUUCUUGAGAAAAAGUCGUCAUCUCGCGAGGUGUUACAGACCGGUAGCAGUGGCGAGGGAGAUGUCGCGCCUGUUACAGAAUCCGCUAUCUCGGAGACUGUCCUGAAGGCCCGGAAGUCUAAGAAGAAAGACGCCAAACGGGCCUCAUAUCACGAGCGUCUCACUCCCGAACUUGGGACUCCGGAGAUCGUGCAGAAUAUGGGCCUUCCCCUCUGGGAACCACCGUAUUAUCAUACUGAACCCAAUACCCCGGACGAUGAGGGAGAGGACGUCGAAACUUUUGCUGAGAUUGAAUCCAAAUAUAUGCGUCAGACCACCUUUCUACUCUCAACUGACACAGAGCAAGAGAUGUUCCCUGUCCAUAUCCCUUUCCAUCGCUUCUCACGCGUUUCCGCGUUCUUCACCUCCAUGAUGGACGAGUGCGUACUCAAUGAGAAGGAUGAUACCAUGGAUACCAUGCAGAUCGACGACGAAUCCAACACUGAUGGCCAGAUUGGACGCAUCUUAGCUGCUUCCGUUGGGUUCGAGUGGUGUGGAUACAAGAUCCUGGUUCGUCCUGGAAAGGAAGACGACUGGAAGAGGGUUAUUGCGCAGUUGAGAGAGGAGUGGCUUUUGAGAGACUUGGGGACCAAGGAGGUUCCUUAUUGUGGGUUUCAGAUCACAGUGAAGCUCCAUCUCAAGAAACUCAGAUGAUCAUUAUCGAGUACGGACAUUGGGGGAGCAUCACUAACUUCAGAAAAUAUGAUCUAUGAUCAUUGAUACCAGUACAUGAGGUCGACUAUUUCUGUCUCACUGUUCCCGCGGUGUAUGUAUGUACUAUGCGC